UUUCCAUGAGUUGUCUUUCCUUUCCAUCACCCACGCCGAAGAGGAAGCCAUUUUAUCACAGUUUUUGAAAGCAAAAAUACACUUAUAAACAGGGCCAUUUAGUGAAACUGAUUGAGAAAAUAAAAAUUUGACUGAAUUUCCAGAAGUAAGAAGGAAAAAAACCACAGAAAACAUGUCUGACUACGGACAGAAGCGAGAACUUGAGGGUGAUGAAGAGUACCAGGGCAGGAAGCGUCAACGGGGCGAGGGAAACAGAGUAGAUCUGCGUGUACUCUUGCAGAGCAAAAAUGCAGGAGCCAUUAUUGGGAAGGGCGGUACCAACAUCAAACGUUUGAGAUCAGACUACAAAGCAAGCGUAACAGUUCCCGAUAGCGACGGCCCAGAACGAAUUUUAACCAUCAGCGCUGAACUUGGAACAGCUCUUGACUGUUUGCUAGAUGUCAUCCCAACUCUGGAAGAGUAUCAGAACAUGAAGGGAAAUGACUACAACUGUGAGAUCCGUAUGUUGGUUCAUCAGAGUCAAGCUGGCUGUGUCAUCGGUAGAGCUGGCUUCAAAAUCAAAGAACUCAGAGAGAAAACUGGAACAAACAUCAAGGUGUACUCACAGUGUUGUCCAGGAUCAACAGAACGUGUGGUUGCCAUAGCAGGAAGACCAGACGAUGUUGUUAACUGUAUUGACACUAUCUAUGAACUGCUUGAAACUGCUCCACCUAAAGGACCAAACCAGUACUAUGAUCCGAACAACUUUGAUGAGUACUUCUGCCAGGAGUACGGAGGUUACACUCUGGGUGAGGGUCUACGAGGAAAGGGAGGUCGAGGCGGCCGCGGAGGCGGUAUGGGAGGUGGUGGCGGUGGAUUCGGAGGCAGAGGAGGUGGUGGUGGUAUGGGAGGCCGAGGAGGGCGUGGAGGUGGUGGUGGUCGUGAUAUGGGUGGACGUCAAGGUGGUGGAUUUGGAGGAGGCCGUGGUGGUGGUGGUGGAAACUUUGGUGGACGAGGCGGUGGAAUGGGCGGAGGUGGUGGAAUGGGUGGCGGUGGUGGUAUGGGUGGCGGCGGUGGCAUGGGUGGAGGUCGUGGAAGAUCAAGAGGUGGUAAUUUUGGUGGACGCCAACAAGGCAAUGACUCAAACAUGUCCCAAACUUUGGACUUUGGGGGAUCAUCAGACAUGAAACCAAGUAUGGGCGGUGGCCGCGGAGGAAUGGGUGGCGGAAACUUUGGUGGUGGUCGUGGAGGUGGAGGUAUGGGCCGUGGAGGCAUGGGCGGAGGAAUGGGAGGUGGCAUGGGUGGAGGAAUGGGCGGCGGCAUGGGUGGAGGAAUGGGUGGUGGCAGUGGCAUGGGAAUGGGUGGUGGAAAUAUGAACCAAGGAGGUUUUGGAGGGAACCAAGGUGGCGGAUUUGGUGAUAACAUGGGAUUCAUGGAUGAUAAUAUGGGCGGAAUGGGAAAUCAGGGCAUGAUGUUUGGUAACGAACCCACCACCAGUACUCAAGUCACAAUACCAAAGGAUAUGGCAGGAGCUAUCAUUGGGAAAGGAGGCUCCCGGAUCAUGGAGAUCCGCCACCAAUCUGAGGCCCAGAUUGUUAUAGACGAGGCUCUGCCAGGAUCUAAUGACAGAAUUAUCACCAUCACCGGUACUGAGGAACAAAUACAGAAUGCACAAUAUCUUCUACAGAUGAGUGCUCGGGAGCUUCAAGCUGGGGCCAGGGCCAAAAACCAUUAGUUUGGGGGUGUAAAGAAAAUAGCAGCAAACAAGUUUUAGAAGGAGAAAUGGACAGAUUAUGGUCUGACCAGGGAUUUAUACUCUGCCUACCUGGGAACACUUGCCUUGGAUAAAUAACUGAAACAGUGCAUCCAGAAGUGUUACGUCAUGCCAUCAUAGUUCUCAUUUUAUCUCAUUGUAAAUGUUUCAUCAACAAACCCUCCCCACUUACUUCUCAUAGAGACACUUGUACAUAAAUCAUGAUUUGUGGAAAUUAACUUAGCAUAGUUUUUUACGUUAUAAAUGUCUGGUUUUUAACAAGCUCUGUACAGACCAUGUAACACGGGUUUAUGCUGAUUAAUUAAAGGUCAUAGUUAUUAUCAUUGAUACUAAAAAAGAGGAUUUGUGUUUAAAUACAGCUGAAAAAAGACUGGAUAUUCAGCUUAAUCAUGGUAUCAUAAUUACUAUAACAAAUUUGUUGCAUAAACAUUUUGUGUGUUUUAAACAUACUUUUUUUAUUUAAUUAAACAGUGUCCUUGAGACCAGUGACUGGUUUUCCUGUUUGACUAAUUCAUGAUAACUUGUGGAAAAAUCUUACUAAUGUUGUCUCCAAAAUAUUAUACUGCAUUAGGACACCUCUCCCCACCCAUCCUGUGAAAGCCAGACUUCAUUGGCAUUUAAAUUCAUACAAAAAUCUCUGUAUGUAAGUUGCAUAUUUGAACAGUUGAAUACAGUCUCAAGUCAAUUGGAAACAUAUACAUAGUUCAUUUUGACAUUGUACUCUUACAGAACAUGUUAAAUAUUUUUGUUCAAACCCCCACAAACAUGUCAUUUCAGUGAUGAAAGGUUUCAGGUUAGAACAUAAGUGUGAAGGCAGAUUUCAUUUUUGCCAGUAGGGUAUUUAUAAUAUACAAUUGCAGGAGAAAGUUGUGAAUUGUACAAUUGGUAACUGUGGAUACAGGUAUAACUGUGAACUGUUUUUUACGAAGAGAACGCCAAAAUAUCAGUAGUUAUCAUAUUUUGUGUUAGAUUCAUUAGACACUUUGACCAGACAACCAUGAUUAAUUUGAUACUACCUGUGAAAUUGACGUAUACAGUCUAGCAAAAGCUUAUAUUACAUAUAUUGAUUGUUAAUUAUUUUUCCAAUGAUGGGGCUUCUCUUGAAAAAAAUAUCUCGAGAAGAAUUCAUUUAAUGACUACAUUGCUUGCUUUAAGAAGAUUUUAAAAAGUAGCUAAUAUUGAGUGAGGAAAACCACUUUGUUAAUAUAUGGUAUUGAAAUUAAAAUGAAACAUUAAUUUUGAGGUACUCCUUACGUUCUCGUAACAAAAAAGAUAUCAUCUUUAUGGGGAGUUGGUGUCCAGAGGAUUAAGUAGGAAAAUAUGUUGUACUAUGUUUUUAUUGUUGUACAUCAGUAUAUUUUGAAUUCAGGAUUUGGUAUGAACAAAAUAGAGAAAAAAAUAAUGACUAUUCUCUUCUGUUGUAAAUUUUUCUUACUGAAUAAAAUUGUGGAAUAUGAAAUAAA